UGAUCACUGUCACUGGUGAUGUCAGUGGCAGUUAGUCAGUUCCCCACAGCAUCAGAUAGUGUCAGACUGGCCGCCACACUCUCACAUCACAUUCUCAUUUGUACGCAAAUAUGCAGCCUCUUUGGACUGAGCUUUCUUUCCAUGGGGCCGCAUAUUUGCGUAUCUUUCUUUGUGUUGAGAGCAGGGGUGGACUGACCAUUUGGGAACUCGGGCACUGCCCAAGGGCCCAGGGUCAGUAGGGGGCCCCAUGAGAUGCUUUUUCAUAGGCUUUUUUGAGUUUUGGCAAGGACACAGGGGCCCCAUGAUCCCCUAUUGCCCGGGGGCCC